AUGGGUGUUGUCAAGAAGAAAAGAUCGCAUCAUGGCAAGGCUUCGCGCCAACAAUACUACACCGGGGUACAGGUCGGGGGAGUAAGCAGCAUGGGCGUGAUAAACAAUAAUAUCCCGUCAUUGACGAGCUUUGCCGAGGAAAACAACUACCAGUACGGAUACGGCGGCUCUAGUGCGGGCAUGAAUGGCAGGACGCUUACUUACGCACAACAACAGCUUAACAAGCAAAGACAGGACUUCGAACGAGUACGACUUAGACCGGAACAGCUCAGCAAUAUCAUACAUGACGAGAGCGACACGAUAUCGUUCCGAUCCAAUCUUCUAAAGAACUUUAUAAGCUCGAACGAAGCAUUCAAUAUGCUGAGUUUGACGACGGUACCGUGCGACAGAAUUGAGAGGUCUAGAGUGUUCAGUGACCAGACGAUGAGAUAUCUCGUGCAAAAACAGCACGAGUUGAAAUCACACGCUGCAGAAGUGGAAGAAAAACCACCAGCGCCACUUAAAUACACCGAUCGCAUUGCAGCUGCAGAGAACGGAACCUAUAGCUCAAAGGACUUAAUAGACUCUGUCUUCGAGCAAGGCAGCCGUUUGAGGCAUCAGAGGGAUAGCAUUGUCGUGCAUCGUGAUGAUUCCGCCCUAGUGGGCACGCUUCGCGGCGAUCUCCGGGAAGCGCCCGCGGACUACUGGACCCAUGCCUACAGGGAAGUUUUGGCACAAUACCACGAAGCCAAGCACCGCAUCAGGCAAAAGGAAGCAACUGUAAGCGAAGGGCACAAUGAAGCGAGCUUGCAGCAGCAACAUUCUCAACAGCAGCAACAAGUAGCUGCUACGGUUGCCCCGUCAAGUCCUCAUUCAACUGCAGCGCAGAAGGAACGGGUACCCGCCGUGGAGGAGGACCCACUGGAGAACAUGUUUGGAGAUUAUACUAAUGAGCCGUUCAACACAAAUUUCGAUGAUGAGUUUGGAGAUCUCGAUGCAGUGUUUUUCUGA